AUCUCUCUUUGUAGUCUGCAACAACUUCGUUGCCUUAUCUCCUCGUUUGAUUUCAUGCUUUCGAUUUCGAACGAGAAGAUGACACAAGAAGUUGUGUUGGUGUGGCGAAAGAUUCCUGGCAUAGAAAGGUCUCAGAGGCCUUUCAGCUUAGCAACAGAGCAACACCAACAAUGGAAGGAGAGGUGGGACGGUGGUAGUGGUGGUGGUGGUGGUGCUUUUGCCUGUGUUUCGAUGGCGGAGAAGGGAGAGAAAAAUGACUUUACGCCUACACGGGAGCAAUUCUUGAGGCAUCCUUUGGCCUUGCUUGCUUUAGUACCCAGAGACGCAGCUCUCUUUGCGGCAGGGGCGGUUGCUGGCGCUGCUGCCAAGACUGUUACGGCCCCUCUUGACCGAGUCAAGCUGUUAAUGCAGACUCAUGGGUUGCGGGCUGGGCAAGAAAUUACGAAGAGAGGAAUUGGUUUCAUUGAGGCCAUGAUGUUGAUUGGAAAGGAGGAGGGAAUUAAAGGGUAUUGGAAAGGCAACCUUCCUCAGGUGAUACGUAUCAUACCUUACAGUGCAGUGCAGCUCUUUUCCUAUGAAAUUUACAAGAAACUUUUUAAAGGAGAAAAUGGAGAGCUCUCUAUUAUUGGAAGACUUGCAGCAGGGGCUUGUGCUGGAAUGACUUCUACUUUUGUGACAUAUCCUUUGGAUGUCCUGAGGUUAAGGUUAGCAGUUGAACCUGGGUACAAAACAAUGUCCGAGGUUGCGUUAAACAUGCUAAGAGAUGAAGGAAUCGCCUCCUUUUAUAAUGGUCUUGGACCUUCUCUUCUUGGAAUAGCUCCUUAUAUUGCUGUGAACUUUUGCAUUUUCGACUUGGUGAAAAAAUCAUUGCCAGAGAAGUUUCAAAAGAGGACAGAAUCAUCUCUCCUAACAGCUUUGGUGUCGGCAACUCUUGCAACACUUAUGUGUUACCCUCUGGACACAGUAAGAAGACAAAUGCAAAUGAAGGGGACACCAUACAGUACUGUCUUGGAUGCCUUUCCAGGAAUUAUAGAACGUGAUGGUUUCAUUGGAUUGUACAGGGGUUUUGUGCCGAAUGCACUGAAAACCCUACCCAGCAGCAGUAUAAGGCUGACCACCUUUGACACUGUUAAAGGUCUGAUUGCAGCCAGUGAAAAAGAGUUUCAGAAAAUCAUGGAGGAAAACCGCCAGAAACAAACCUAGAGCUUUGUACAUGAAAUUUGUCUCCAUGAUUCAUGUUCUUGCUUGUAGCCCUAUAUCAGUUUCUUGGAUACAUGGAAAUUAAAUUUUGGUUGAUGGAAUUUCCCAAUCUGCUGUAACUCUUUGAGGAGCCAAUGAUGCUUAGAUCUGGAAUGAAGCUUUCAUGAGAGUUUUCUUUCAUUCAUGACUUCAAUUUCGCAGAGCCUCUUGAAUUUCUGGGUUUAGCUUCAGAUUUUUGUGAUGCUAAAAUUAGUGUUAGUCUAUUUUAUUUUUUUAUAUUUUGUUCAUAAGUUUAUGAUGCUUAACAUUGAUAGCAGUGAUAACUUAAUGGCAAUUGCAUAUAGCCAGAAUUUUAUUAUUAUUAUUAUUAUUAUUAUGCUUGAUAGGGAUCAUGUCAUGUACUCUCCUCAAAAUCACUUCAGUCAAUAAAUAGCUGAGCACCAUGUAGUUACUUAUUUCUGA